CCCACACAACCCAGAUGGGCAUGAGACAGGUCUGCAAGGACAAGAUUUUCUGUACCAUUGGGAUGAGUUUCAAAAUCUGAUAAUAUUAUUACUUGAGACAGAGGGUGAUAUAGCAUCUCAAAACAGACUCAUCAAUUAGGUUUCUUCAUUGAGAAGGAGAAAAAGGGAAAAAAAGAAAAAAAAAAAAAGAAAAAAAAGAGAUAAAAGACACACCCUCUUUGUGAAAGAUUAAAAACCAAAAAAAAGUUAAACAGGAAGCAUAGGGAGAGAUAUACCUGAGAAAGAGACUGGACCCUCUUCAUCUUCUUUGUUUUCCAGCUUACGCAGAUAAUACUUUCGACGAGAAAGCUUUGAUCUUUAUUUAUUUAUUUUUCUUUACUGCUUUUUUUCCCUGUCUCUCCUGAGAUUUUAGCUCCAAAUAUACAACUUCCGUCUAAGGGAAAAUCUUUAUUAAGGUAAAGCCCCAAGUAAAUUCCUGGGAAAAUUUAGGAGCUAGCUAGCUUGAUCAAGUAGUCCCAGUACUUUUUUUUUUCGGUCUUUGUUUGAACCAUUUUUCUGUUUUUAUGGUUCUUAGCUAGCUUUCUUACAUGCUCAAGUUUCAGUUUGUUUCUCCAAAAUGAUAAGAAUAUUGUUGGUCUGAGAAGCUCUUGCAUGGCGAGCCACAGAGUAGGAGAGACUGGUUUAUCAGACUCAGGACCUCCCACUCAUCAUCACCAUGUCCCUUAUGCAGUUUUUCAUGGGAUUAAUGCUUCUUCCACCACAUUCGUUAACCAAGAAGGAUCAGCUUUUGAUUUUGGAGAGCUAGAGCAAGCAAUUGCGCUACAAGGUGUUAAGGUUGGAAACGAUGAAGCUAAAGCAUCUUUUUUCACAGGCAGGCCUGCAGCUACUCUGGAAAUGUUCCCUUCAUGGCCAAUGAGAUACCAGCAAACCCCAAGACGAAGUUCAAAGUCAGGAGGAGAGAGUACAGACUCAGGAUCAGCCGUGAACACUCUAUCGAGCAAAGCUGAUUAUCAUCAAGCAGCACAGUUGGAACCUGAAUCUCCAAUCAGUAAAAAGGCAAAUUCUUCAUCAGAUCAUCAGCAGGCUUUUAAUCAGAAGCAUCAGCAGCUUCAACAACAACAACAACAACUCCAGCAAGAUCAUAUGGCAAGCAGUGAUCAUACUUCUUCAAGGUCAACAGCAGGGCCUUCUUCACAAAUUCACUCACCGUCUUCGUCUGCCAAACCAACCCAGGAAAAGAGGAAAGGAGUCGGUUCAACAUCAGAGAAACCACUUGAUGCUAAGACAUUGAGACGUUUAGCUCAGAACAGAGAAGCUGCAAGGAAAAGCCGUCUCAGAAAAAAGGCAUAUGUCCAACAGCUAGAGUCAAGUAGAAUAAAGCUUACUCAGCUUGAACAAGACCUUCAACGAGCACGAGCUCAGGGGUUAUUCUUGGGUGGUUGUGGUGGUGCUGUUGGCAAUGUCAGCUCAGGGGCAGCAAUUUUUGACAUGGAAUAUGCAAGAUGGUUAGAAGACGAGCAGCGACACAUGACAGAGCUCCGGACUGGUUUGCAGGCACAUUUGUCGGACAGUGAGCUUCGAGUGAUCGUGGACGGCUACGUUUCACAUUAUGAUGAGAUUUUCAGGCUCAAAGGGGUGGCUGCUAAGUCCGAUGUCUUCCAUCUCAUAACUGGAAUGUGGACUACUCCUGCCGAGCGUUGCUUCCUUUGGAUGGGAGGCUUUAAACCUUCUGAGCUCAUUAAGAUGUUAACAGCACAACUAGACCCGCUAACGGAGCAGCAAGUGAUGGGGAUAUACAGCCUCCAACACUCGUCGCAACAGGCGGAGGAAGCUCUUUUCCAAGGUCUUGAGCAGCUCCAGCAGUCCCUCAUUGAGACCAUCGCCGGCGGUCCUGUCGUUGAUGGCAUGCAACAGAUGGCUGUGGCUCUUGGCCAGCUUACCAAUCUUGAAGGCUUUGUUCGUCAGGCCGACAAUUUGAGACAGCAAACUCUCCACCGAUUGCGUCAAAUAUUGACGGUGCGACAGGCAGCGAGGUGUUUUCUUGUGAUCGGCGAGUAUUAUGGCAGACUAAGAGCUCUUAGUUCGCUUUGGACAUCUCGACCAAGAGAGAGCAUGAUGAGUGACGACGCCUCAUGCCAAACAACAACGGAAUUGCAAAUGGUUCAACCUUCACACCAUCAUUUCUCCUCCUUUUGAAAAUUUGAUUAAUCCAAAUAUAUAUAUAUAUAUAUAUAUAGAGAGAGAGAGAGAGAGAGAGAGAGCUGUCUCGAUCCAUGGAUUAAGUCUUUCUCUUUGCUUGCAUGGCUCUGUUGGAUUAUUUCUUCAUCCACCCACUUUAGAUUAAUAGAGAUAGGAUAUUUUUAAUUUUUAAUUUUUAUUUUCCAUGUUCUUUUCUUUUUUAUCUUUGCUUAAUUUAUAUAAUCUACAUGUUUAUGUACCCUAUCUUGUAAAUGUAAAUCAAUUUCAUGUGCACGAAAAA